AUGUCCAACAUGACAGCAGGAGGAGUUCCCAACUACACUUUGCCCCAACUGAUUUUAACUGUUUCACUCAUCCUGGUCACAUUUGGUUCCAUUUUGGCGACACUUCUCAUGUUCCCCGCCUACAUUCACGUGAAUCGUUUGAAUCGGAAACGAGAUGAGCAGGUGCGGUUUGUUUGUUUUUAGAAACGACAAUAUCCGGAGGUGUUUUACAGUCUUCCAUAUUCCCGUUGCUCAAUCAUUUCCACUCGAUUGUCACCUACUUGAAUGUGCUUCUAAUUGUCGAACUCUUUUCUCUGUUCGUGACCGUGCACAACUAUUCGAAAGACUCUUGCAAUAGAUAUCCGAAUUUCGAUAAGACUGCUCGCUACUACAAAUUUCUCAUGUUACUCAUUAUCUCGGUGUUCAUAUCGAAUAUUCUCACUGAAGCCCAACACAUUUUUCUAUCGCUUUUGGCCGUCCAGAGAUUUCUGAUGUACUUUUUCCCGCACACGGAAAAGUACGUGGCGUUGUCGCGGAAGGCAACGACAAGAGUUGUACGGCUCGUUUACUUUUUGUUUUACGCAUACACAAUUUCGUUUCUUGUCUGGCUUUAUUUACAAGAGCACACAAUCGAGAAUUGUAGGUACAUGCAGCGUUUCGUGGAAAUCAAGUUUGUAAGUGUCCGCACUUUUUAUGACCUUUUCCGCAUUUUUAAGACUAAAACAUUUAGGUAAUUUUUGUGGUUCUCAAUGUGCUUUUGACGGUUUCCGUCAGUUUAUAUAUACCUAUCAUGAUAAGCACGCGCAAAGUGUCAAAUUUAGCGUCGGCUGUACAAAAUCAGCCUCAAAAGUACAUUCUGAUUCAGACCGGGCUCAUUUUUGGCAUCAAAAUGGCAAGUUAAUCAUGUUGGAAACAUGAAAAUCAUGUUUUUCUUCUUCAGACGUACACUCCGUUCUUUCUGCUAUUCUUCCACGAACGACUGGACAUGAUUGCGCUAGUUUCGGCGAUUUUCGACAUCAUCACCACUCCGCUCGUCAUCCAAAUCUCGUACUUGAGCUGCAACAAACGCAACGCCAACGCAUUGGGAUCCACGUAUUUCGGAAGCAUUCUCAGAGCGUUGUUUGCCUGA